AGCAUCACCACCAGCAUCAAUCAAUCAUCCCGUCCACCCCGUACAGCCAUUCCUUGAUCCACAGCUGCAUCGGUCCAUCACUCCUUCCACCCAUUCACACCUCCAUACGACAUCGUCAGCAACAUCGUCGUCGUCCUCAUCGCCUGGCUAAACUGGACUGCUCGCGGUGCUGCGGGCAGUAUGGUGGUGGUGAUGGUGGUGAUGGUGGUGAUGGUGAUGAUGGUGGUGAUGGUGGUGGGGGACGCGUUCAACAGAAACUCCGAGCUGCACCGCUGGAUUUGAGAAUUUGGCGAAGCACGGUCACGCCACCGUGACGACACUUGGCUGGGGGCUGAGCCUCGCGCGUCACGUGACGGUGGUGGUGAACUGCAGCCCAAUCAGAAGCUGCCGCGCGAUGUCCCCACGUGACCCCAGCGUCGAGGCGUCAUCGACGCCGACUUGCAGAGCGGAGACGGUGGCUGCUUUCAAUAAUGUGCGACGGGAACUUACAAACAAUGGUGGCGUCAAGGACAACAACAAAAACAACAGCAACAGCCUUAACGACAUCCAUUACAACAACGACAACAACAAUAUUGGCAUUAACAUCGUCGAACAGAACGGCAGAAGCAACAGUAAUAUCCGCGAUGACGUCAUAAAGAAAAGCGAUGACGUCAUAAAGAAAAGCGAUGGCGUCAUAAGGAAUAUCAAUGGGGCCGCGACGACGAGGGGAGGGGCCGGGCACGGCGUGACCGCCCCACAUCACGUGGAUCGCCUGGCCAAUCACCCGCGGUGGCGGGGCACGGCGGUGGCGCGCCACUUGUGGUUGCUGCAUGCGGCGCUGGUCACGUGGGAGCUCACGUCGCCGUGGCAACGGCCGGGACAUGACGCCGCGUGGUUAUCGAGGACCGACGCUCACGCGCAGGAUGAGUCGUCGAAAACCGGAUGGAUGGACGAGGAGAGGAGACGAAAGAUGGGGAAAGUGAUGACGACGACGAUACUGAUGAUGGUGACAAUGAUGAUGAUGAUGAGGGACGUGCCAUCGUCGAUGAUGACGAUGACGCCAAUGAUUAUGCCGACGCCAAAGGCAGCGAUGGUCAUUGUGGUGGUGAUGAUGAUGACGACGUUGAUGACAAUUGCGAUGAGGUGGCAGAGGAGGAGGAAGAGCAGGGAGAUGAUGCAAGAGUGUCCAGUGGACGACAGGCCACAAGAGCCAUCGUUGAUGAUACGGCCACCACGGCACCUGCGGCAGUUGCAGCCUUGGAGACUCCUGCAUCAGUCACCACCCAGACAGCUGCAACAGUCACCACCCAGACAGCUGCAACAGUCACCACCCAGACAGCUGCAUCAGUUACCACCCAGACAGCUGCAUCAGUCCCCACCCCGGCAGCUGCAACAGUCUCCACGUCCCGCGCUGCUCCUACCCCUGCUGCUGCCGCCGCUGCUGCUGCUGCUGUGGCUGCCGCGUCCCGGGCUGGGCGCCACCUUCACGGUGGGCGUGGCGGGGCCCUGGCAGUGCGGCGACACGGCGCUCUUCGGCCGCGCCCACGCCGAGCUGGCGGGGCGCCUGGCCGCCGAGCGCGCCAACUCGGAGCUCUCGGUGCCGGGGCCCGGCCGCGAGCCGCUCGGCUACUGGUUGGAGGCCACGGCGCUCCGGGAGGAGUGCGAGGUCCCCCGCGCGCUGCAGGGAAUGUCCACGUGGGAGCGUCGCUGUUCGGCGGUGGUGGGGCCCUUCAAUGCGGAGCUGUGCGAGGUGGCCGCCAUGCUGACCCAGCGCUGGGACAAGGCGAUGGUGGGGCCGGCCUGCCUCAGCCGCAGGCUCACGCGGCCGCAACGUGGAGGGGGGGCCGACAGCAACGACGACGGCGACAAAGAGCAGGACGAUCUCUCCACACACUUUGCCAACAUGGCGCCGUCUCCGGCCGACGCGCUCUUCGCCGUGCUGCGUCACCUGCGCUGGGCGCGCAUCGCCGUGGUCACCGUGGAGGUAGCGGCCACGGCGGCUUUGACCCCCGCGCGGCGCACGUGGACACGUAGACACACUAGAGAAGAGAUGGAGUGA